AACACCAGCGACUCUCAAAAUGGAUCUCGAAGACGACACCACAGUGUUAACAACUUUGAAGUCCUUCAAUUCCUUCAUCAGCUGCCCUGAACAUCCCCAGAGGCUGUCAGAUCACUCAGCGGGGAACGGGAUCCUGCAGAGUCAGUACAAACGCAGCAUGGAGCUUUUGGAAGCGGCAGACAGGGUUCACACGAAGAAUCGCUACCUUCAGUUGGACCAGGAGAAGAAGCAGAUGGAGCUGAGUCACAAGCGAGCUCGAUUUGAACUGGAGAAGGCUGCUUCUGACAGCGCACGAGACCAUGAGCAUGAGGUUGACCGGAACCAGGACCUCUUGGGACGAAUUAAGAAGUUGGAGGAAAGAGAGAUUGGGGCAGCGAAGAACCUAUCAGAGCAAGUGGAAGCAAAUCGUUCUGUUCGUAAGAACCUGGAGGGUCUGAACAAGAAACUGGAGGAGCGAGAUUCUAGACUUAACAGUGCUAACCAGGCCAUCAGUUCUUUGAAGGAUGAGAUCAGAGAGCUGAAGCAGAAGAUUCAAAACAAAGACUCAACAAUUUCUUCUCAAACCCUGGAAAACCAGGAACUUCAAGAACAGCUAGAUUUACAACGCAGGAAGUAUCAGGAAGUCUCUCAGCUUUGCCAAAGUCUCCAGGCUGCCGAGUCGUCUUGCUCAGAGCACAUCAUCAAGAUUAAGGAGCUGGAGAGACGUCUCACCUUCCAGGAGCAAGACAUUGCGAUUGUGAAGACUGUAAAGCUGGAGGUGGCCAGACUUCCAGACCUGGAGAAAGAGUUGAAGCGCCUCAGAGAAGAUAAUGCCUUUCUCAGGGAGAGCAGAGAGAACUGCAGCCUACUGAAAGAGGAGGUGGAGGGGCUGAGGAGGAAGCUGGAGAGGAUGGAGAAAACUAAAGAAGAGCUGGUCAAUGUGGAACUGGAGAAAGAGCGACUGACUGAGAAGCUUCAAGCCUGGGAAAACCUGGGGCAGUCUACUGGGCUCAACAUAAGGAAACCAGAUGAUCUGUCCAGGGAGGUGAUUCAGAUCCAGCAGAGAGAAAUUGCUCUGAAAGAGCAGAACUACACACUCAACAGCCGUGUGAGGAGUGUGGAGCGCUCGCAGGCGGAGCUGCGUGCAGAGCUGUCCCAGCAGCGCAGCAAGACUCUGGAGGAGCAGAAGAAGAGGGAGACACAGGAAGCUCUGGUCCGUCGGCUACAGAAGAGAAUCUUGUUACUUACAAAGGAGCGUGAUGGAAUGCGGGCGAUUCUAGAGUCUUAUGACAGCGAGCUGGCUCCUACCGAGUAUUCACCUCAACUCAGCAAGCGACUCAGAGAGGCAGAGGACAUACUGCAGAAGACUCAGAACCACAAUGCAGAGAUGGAAACCCAGCUGAGCAAAGCACAGGAAGAGACGAUGACACUCAAACUGCAGCUUCAAACAGUGGAGCUGGAGCUGGAGUGUCUAAAAAAGCAGCAGGCCUCUGCGGCUGACAGCAGCUCUGUAAUGACCAAAGAGGAAGUCAGCAUACUCAGACAAAAAAUUGAAGAUUUAGAGUCAGAGCGGCAGAAGUUGGAGGAGCAGAACAACAUUCUGGAGAUGAGGCUGGAGAGACACAACCUGCAGGGAGACUAUGAUCCUGUCAAAACCAGAGUUCUUCACCUCAAAAUGAACCCCACUGCUGUUGCCAAGCAACAACGUCAGCAGGAAGUGGAGGCUCUUCAGGAGGAAGUGACACGCCUCAGGGAACUUGUGCGCUCGCUGCAGGAUGGAGGUGCCAUGGCCCAUUCUCAAGACGACUCCGGUUUGCACGGCACCAGCAUCAACCUCAGUUUACCGCCAUCGAAGGAGGUGCUGGAUUUACGUAAGCAGAUGGAGAGCUCGGAGCUCAGGAACCAGAGGCUGAAGGAGGUGUUUCAGAGAAAAAUCCAGGAGUUCCGCACGGUCUGCUACGUCCUGACCGGCUAUCAGAUCGAUAUCACCACUGAGAACCAAUACAGACUCACCUCGGUGUAUUCAGAGCACAUGGACGACUCCCUGCUCUUCAAAAAGGGCUCCAAUGGAAGCAUGCAGCUCAUGGAGACAGAGUUCUCCAAGACUCUGGGAGAGAUGGUGGCCCUUCACCUGCAUCACCAGAAGAGCAUCCCAGCAUUCCUCUCUGCAGUGACGCUCGACCUCUUCAGCAGACAAACCACCAUCUGAAGACAAAGUCGUGAAAAUGACACAAAAGCCAACGAUGUUGGGAUUUGGAGGAUGUUUUUAUAAUGUGUGGUCGAGUGUUUCUGCAGGAAUGUAUUUAGUGUGGUCUUCACUGAGGCCACGUCAUCUCAACACAGUGCUAAAGAAAACAUGAAUUCAAUGAAUUAUUAUGGUUCUUUUUUCAUUGUUCUACCGGGAUUUAUAAACAUCUGAAGUUUCCAUCAGUAUAUUUUUUUUUCUUUGUGCAUAGAUAUUGUGUCUUACAUGUCUCUCUCUGGUCCUUCUGUUAGAAGAAGACGUAAGUAGAGGGCGAAACAAUUUAGAGAUUAGAGAAAAGCUUGUCGACGUCUGACCACACUCAGAUUUCACACUACUGUUUGAACAUUGGUGGGAAAACAGUCAAUAUUUGAUCUCUAAUAUUCUCACCAAAUUUCACAGUUUAAAGUGUGAAAGUGUGGCAGCCUGUGCUGUGUGGUCAAAGUGAGAGCGUCAACAUUUGUUCUCUUUAACACAAAAUGGAGAAACCUGAACCAGAAAUCAUGAGUUUGAGCGGUGAUCAUAGUCUGAAACUGAUGAUGGGCGACAAGUCUCAUCCGGAGCCAAUUGUCAAUGUCAAUGUUUUUACCCUGUUUUAAUAGCAUCAAAUAAAUAUUUAAAACUAAACUAACACUCGGACAAAGUCAGUGAGAUUAAAAACUCUCAUCAGGAUGUCACCUCCUCCGUCUUUCUACGUAGUUUAUGAAAACUUUGGAUUCUGUGUGUUACCAUUCAACAACACAGUGAGAUUAUCACAACAACAAACCAGACUCACUUGUUCUUCACUCAAGUGACAUGUUAAUGUUUCGACAUAGUUAAUUUAAAAAAAAAAGUUUGAUUGCAAAUAAUUUCAUGUUAGUUCUUGUGUGUGGAGUGAGAACAAUACGAGCAACAACGUUCUUUUAACUGGGGAUCGAACCGCAGAUGCUGUGGUUCUGUGGACGGGACUUUAACAAUUAGACAACUGGACUCCUCAGUUUUAUUAUUAUUAUUAAUAUUAACUAGGUUGUUCUUCGUAAAGACAAUGUCUGUGUAAUAGAAUAUAUUUAACUGAUUUAUUGCAGGCUAUUACACAGUAUACACGUUUUUCCUCUGCUCAUCGCCGUCAUAAAAGAAAUUACUAGACGUCGGUGUGUCCUGAAGUGGGGACAGGACAAAGAAAGCAGGUGCAUGGAAAACACCAGGGAAGCUUUAAUGUUUUAUAUUCGCUGAAACUCUUUUAAAUUCACCGGAGAAAGGAUUUAAAACACAGAAAUAGGUCUUCGGAUGUCAAUCUUAUUGUAACGAACGAUGAAUAAUUCCCGUUUUGAAUAUCGUUAAUGAUCGAGCCUGUGUGUCUUCGUGUGAGUACAAGCACGAGACAAGUCGAGCGAAAUUUCCUGGCAGCAAUAAAGAGAAAUGGCAGAAAUAAAGAUGGGGGGGUGAAGAGGGAGGCAAGGGAGCAAUCCAAUAAAACAGAGAGACGAAAGGAAGUGAACUGAGAAUAAAGCCACUUAUCAUAGCAACAAUAUAAGAGCUCCAGCUGGCGCAGCCAUAUGUCUCAUGAGAAAACAUAUUCCCCCCGUACACAACAUGCCACAUACUGUCCUUGGUCUCUUCCUUUGUUGACGCUCUCAUUUUGACAACAUAGCACAUCUCCUGCACACUCGGCGGCUACAUGUCACAUUUGAGAGGAUUUCAGAUGAGCUGUGAAUCACAUACGAACGUGUCACAUACAAUGUUCUGCUUCAGUGGUGUGAGACGCACUUCGGCUUUAUAAUCCAUCCAUCCCAUUGAACUGCUGUAACCUCUCCUCUGUUUUAAAGUUUGAAUGCAAAUGGUAAUCAAUAAAGCGUUUGUCUGAC